GGUCCGCCCCUCCUGUGCUUUUGUCUUCACCGCCUCCACUCGCUUGCAUUUUGCGAAAUCACCACGUGGUUGCACAUACUGCCCAAAAUUGGUAUUCAUAGUUUUGUGUAAUUUUAUAUAAACGUUUAGUAAGUGCGAACGUACAAGCCAAACAAUGCCGAACGAGUAAACAUGGCUCUCAUUGAGAAGCGAAGCUUCAUGUUUAGCAUAUAGUUGACGCACGCAGCCAGGGUUUAUAAAAAUACAAUGGCAGCUCCUUUGGAAAAGGACAAGUCAUGGUUCGAGAGAGAGGUGCAAAGAUUAACUUGUUUACUGAAGUUGUCAGAAAGAAAGCGGAAAAGACAAAAAACAAUCUAUGAGAAAAACAUGGAAAGCUUGGAAGUAAAGAUGAUGGAUUUCGAGACAAGUUUACGCAAAGAACAGAGAGAAAUACAAAAACUGAUAAGUCGGAAAGACCAACAAAUUAGGGUUAGGGAGGAGCUCACCAAAGCAUUGCAGCAUCAGCUGGAAUUGCAACACUGCAAACAGUGUGGCUACCCAAAUUCUGCCAAAAAGUUUGAUCUGGAAUGGGAGAUAAACAUUGGCAAUGAUAGUGAUGCUGUUAAAAAGCUACCUCCUUUGAGUUUACCUGUUGCUUUGAAUCCGCCUAGUGUUAGCUUUCACAAACCAUUUCGACCAAAAAGUAAACUGUCACCAGUGGCAGAAGAGAGCGAAGUAACAUUUGGAUCUAAUUUACGCCAUGUUCAUGCUGAUUUAAAUCCUGAAAGAUUUCAUGCCGUGUUGUCAGCUUCUUUGCAAUUGAUUCGUAAUGAUGAUGGCACUGCAUGUCGAGAUGCAGAAGGAAUAGUAUCACCAUUUCUUAUACCAAAUAAUACAGCAGAGAAAGAAAUGUCAACACCAAAUGAAACAAAUGGUACUGCUGAUAAGACUUUUCAAAGUGAUAUAGUUAACGUUGAUGCAAAAGGAAAUAAAACGUUAGUUUCUAGUUCCACACAAACUUCUUUUGAUGACAUUGUUAAUAAAGUCACCUUAGCUACUGAAAAGUAUACCACUGUUGUUGAACCAGUGCAAUUUGAUAAUACUAGACAGAAGACAGAGUUACUCAAUGAAUUUUGUAAUAAUUUAUCUUAUUCAACAUUAAAAUUGGUAAAUAAGGAUAUGCAUGAUCAUUUGACAAUUCAAAUUCAACAGUUCAUCAACAGCGAUAUAAAAAUAGCAACACUAUCUUUGUUUUCAGAUUAUCUUGUUACUGAAUGUAUCAAUAAUGCCAAACUGGACUUGCACACAAAUAAUACCAAGCCUGUCAAUGAUUUUUCAAGAACUAAUACUAUUGAACAGAAAGGAAACACUCAGAAUUUAAUAGCUGGUAAUGGCAACAGGCAUGAAUUGGAAAAUACUGUUCCAUCAGAAAAACGUAAUUGUGUAGACAGUGAUAGUAAUAAACUUUUGUAUGACAAACCUGUUAAUGGUGAAAAUAAUGUUCUAAAAGCUAUUGAAAAAAUGGUUGAAAAUGUAAUACCUAGUGUGACAAACAGUAACAUUGUAGACUUAGUUAAAGAAGGGAUGAAAAAUGUUUCUACAAGUAGUUCUGCAUCACCUAAAAGUGAAGAACUUAGGGAGGACUUAGGUAAUGAUGAACAACUUGUUAGUGGCAAAAGAAAAAAGAAAAAGAAGAAAAAAAAGAAAAAGAGAAAAAGCGUAUGCGAAACAGUAAGUGAAAGUUGCGAUAAUGAUAAAACUAAUAUUGGACAGAAAGCAGUUCCAGAAAACUUACCAGAUAUUACUAAAAACUAUCAAGUUACGAGCACAUGUAAUGAUAUUGUCCAAACUGAAAAUACUAUUGAGAUUGUGAAAAACAAGCUUGACACAAGGGUAGAGAAAUUAAAGCCAACAGCUGAUGAGACCCUAGAAAGUGGAUCUUCUUCCUCUCCCCAAACGACAUCGUCAUCUUUAGGCAACACCUCAUCUUCAUCAAUAAGCAUAGACUCUUCUUCUUCAUUUUCACAAAGCGAGAUGAGUCAAAUGUUUCCUGGUUUAAAAUCACCAGAGGAAGAUAAGUUUAGUCUUCUUGUGGACGAAAGUUUUAAUGAGUUAGAAGCCACCCAAUCAAGCACUUGCGACAGAGUUAGUGAUGUUUCUUCGCCACCUAAUAAUUUCACAGCUCAUGAAAAUGAAAAUGAAACUGUAAUGUCAAAUACAGAAGAUACACUUGGCGAGAGCAAAAAUGCUGAAACCACAUCCAACGAAACAGGGAAUUUAGACAAUAGAAAAACAUGUAACUAUGAAACAGAUAAUAUAACUGGCAACGUUCAAGAAAAAAACACCCCCGAAAACAUUUUAAGUGAAAGCCAAACGAAUGAGAGAAUGGAAACAACUAAUUUAGAGAAAUUACAAGAUAAUGAAUCUUCUGUUGAUACCUCUGUAGUUGAUUGGGUCAUUAAUAAGGAAAAUAGUGCUGAAGACUUUUCAACUCAAGUCAAUAUCAAAGAUCAGUUCAUUGAAUUAAGAGAAAUAGAAAACCCUAAAGAAUCAAAUGUGGAUUGGAUCGUAGCAGUUGAUAAAAGUAUUGAUAAGCAACAAAAUGCCAUUAUUAAGCUUCAGACAGAUCCUUCUGAAAUCAAUGCUAAUUCAAGUAUUUCAAAUGAUAACAGGCAGUUUGAAUGUGAAGAUUUUGUAAAUGUCGAUGUCAAAGAUUAUGAGCAAUCUAACGUUAAAGACAUUGCAGGAACUUGUACAAACAUUGAUACGGAAGCUAUUAGAAUUGAUGGAAACGUGGAAAAUCCUUCAAAAGAAAUGGCUAUUAACCAGUACAAUUCAAACAUUGAACAAUCCGGUACCACUUUGACGAUGGUUGAAAACACUGGAAAUGAUACAAUACUUACCGAAACAGAUAAUAUUGAGCUUGCUGAAAAAAGUUUAUCAAAUGAGUAUGAAAUAACUACGAAGUUGUAAAAACACCACAAAAAUGUCUUGCAAGCUUAUGUUUUUGCUAAAAAAACAUAUUGAUGUGGCGUGUCUGGUGUAUUUUUUUAUUUUAAUGUGUAGUUUUGUCUAUAACAAUGUCAAAUAUGACGCAAGUGUCGAAUAACGAUAAUAUAUAUGAUCUCAAAAACAUUUUAAAAUGAGUUUAAAAUGAAAGUUAGCGUUCGGAGCACAUCUUCAACUUCAAUAUGCAAUUGCGGUAUUACGAAAUAAUACGUAUGGGAUCAUUGUUUGCUUAAGUCACUCAAACAAUCUAAUAUUCAUCAACGUGUUUUCAUUAUUUAAUUUAUUUUUUUCUAUUUAAAUUUUAGUCACUUUUUUUGUCUUUCUAUAUAUAUAUGUGUGUGCAUUUAUUAACAUCAAGUGUGCUAUUAUUUUUUUCACUAUCUUUAUUUUUAUGUAUGAUUUUCUCUUUUAAAUUAUCUAUUCAGUACUUUAUCACAUGUAGCUAUGAUUGUUUUAUUCGAUAUGUACCGUAGACGAGCUAGUAAAUUUUCCUGCGUGUAUUCAAGAUUCAAUAUAGUGAAUAACUUUGAAAAAAUGUUUGCUUGAAUCAACGCUGUGGGUGAACCUUAUGAAGGUUUUAUGUCCAGAGUACACGCUGGUAAACUUCCCCAAAAUAUACAUUUGGUAUUUUUGUAAUAUGUUAUUAAUAUAGUCGUUUACGGUAUGUGUCGAAUGCUGUUGAAGCCUGCUUUAUUAACAAAACUAGAUAUUUGGCCAGUGUCUGUUGAUAGUUAAUGUUCUCUUUGCAUGUUAAUUCACACACUUUUUUUAAUAAGCAUCAUGUAGUUGGAACCUAAGUUCGAAUCUUAAAAAAAAUUAGAACAUCUCAUGUGUAGCAACAGACUCCACUGGGUAACGAACACGAGUGAGUAAAGUACAGAGGCGUUUUUUCCCAUACUUUAUAUUUUUUUUUCGCUUUGAAAAAUUUAACCCAACAUGUACUAUAAUUUGAUGAUAAAUGCAACACAUAAACAACAAUUCAGAUUGAUCAAAAAUAUAACCAACAACGACAGAAUAAUUACCUACUAGAAAAGCUGUAUAUUUGACUGUGAAUAUAUGUGUGUAUGUGUGAUUAUUAUUAACCAGCUUCCCGGGUCUUACCAAGAUAAUAGGUGAAGUGGGACUUGAGAGGGAUAGUAGAGCAAUCGCCCAGAAAGGUAGAGGUCGCUUGUUCAAGUGCCACUCGAUGCCUCAUCUUUACAACACUUUAGAAGCUAAUAAUGUGCGUGUUUAUCAAUUUAAUCUGGUUUAUUUAUUUAUGACCUCACAAUAUGCGUGGGACGCUUGCCUAGAUUUUUUCAUUGCGUUUUUAUAGUGUAUAACUGACUAUGUAUAACUUACUACAGAAAUAUUUUGUUCAUACUUAACCAGGGGGAGAAAUCGUUUGCGGAAGAAAAAAAUGUGGAUUUGUUUGCGUGUAGGAAUAGAAAUUGCGAAUUUAUUGUGAAUUAUUCAUUUUCAGUUAUUUUUAUAUGUUCUUUAGUUUGUUUCCUCCUUAAUUUCGCUUCUUUUUUUGUAUAACGACAUGUUUUUAUUUUAUUUUCGAAAUAAGAUAAACCAGAAAAAUAUAAAAUAGAUUUUUUUGGGAAACAAAUUGUGUAAAGGGCGAUGCUUCUGGUUGGAUUUCUAUGACUCGAAUAAUUUGUUAAAAGAAGCUAAUAUUUUUAUUAAUAUAUGAAUUUAUCCCACUCUUUUUGAAAAUGUUUAACGUAAAUUCAAUCUAUCUAUCUAUUCAAUCUGUGUCGUGAAUUUUUAAAAGUCUUUUCUAGCAUAACAACACUGUUACUGACUCGACUGAACACUAAAUUUACUUCGCCGUGGUCGAUCUCUCUUUCGCUGUCUUUCUAACUUUUCGCUAUCUUUCCCUACGACGCUACCUUCUUUCGUAAGUGUUUUUUGCAAGGGUAAUACUUUCAAUAUGAUUUAUUCGCAGUAAAUUUGUUAAGAAGUAGAUAUAUUGAGGAAAUAGCUGUAAAAGAAUAUUUAUUACGUAAAAUAUCUAAAUUUGGAUUAUCAAGUAAUGUAUCUUCACCAAGUUAUUUUAAAACAUUUGUUAUUUUUAUCUCGCUUA